ACCGCAUGUAUGGAGUCUUAGCUUUAGCUUAAACCAUUGACUGAUUCGAUGAAUUCGAUUGUAGCGGAAGAUAAGUUGCUAAUUUCAUAUUAUUUUAGUAAUAAAUUUAAAAAGUCUUAAGUAUUCAAAAUAUUGAUAGAAGAAAUAAAGAUUAUUUGUGCUAUGGAUAAAAGAAAAUUUACUUUCAAAAGUUUACAUAACUUGCAAGAAAAGAAAGUAGAGAAACAAACGGAAAAUAUUGAUUCUAAUAUUAAUAAACAAAUAGAUCUUCAUGUAAAUAACAUUACAACACAAGAUGGUACUAAUAUUUUCAAUGAUGGGCAAUUGUCAAAUACUGAAUCAGUAUUGAAAACAUUAAGCAACCAAUCCCUAGUAAGAUGUAAUUCUUCCAUUGUAAAUAAAAAAAUAGAUUCUUAUAAAGAUGAAAAAAAUUUAUUGGGAAAAGAUAGUUUGAUUAUUAAAGAUAGAUUGUCAAAAGAAACAUCUUCAUUAAGAAAUAGUCAAAUGUUAGCAAAAGAUAUACCUUCUGUAACAAGUCAACAAAACAGUGAUUAUUUAUCAAGGAAUAUGUCAAUAGUAAACAAAUCCUUAACAGAUACUGAUCUUUCUGUGAAAAAAACAGUAAUAUAUAAACGUAAAAUAGAUUCUAGUUCUACAGAUUCAGAGAAUGAUUUUGACUUUUCACCUAAAAAAUAUAUAAAGAAAAAAAAAAAGCUUGAUGAAAUUACUGUAGAUACAAAAAUACAAUGUACUGGCCAAAACAAUAUCAAUAAUUCUGAUAGGAAAUUACUUUCUUUGAGUGUAUCACCUAUUAAACAAAUGGACUAUAUUUCUCAGAAAGAGUUACAAGAUAAAUUCAACAAAUUUUAUUCUGAUACGAAAUUUAAACGUAAUGUCAGUAACAAGGAAAGUCUUUCAAAAAAGUCAAAUUUUUACAUGUCAUCUGUUUUUGUAAACUUCCUACGGAAAUCUGGAAUUAUAUUGUCAACUGAUAGUGUAUGCACUAAUGUUCCUCCAUCUAUUAUUAAGCAGAGGUUAAAGUCAAUAUUAAAACAGUAUUCAAAAAGAGAUAUAAUUGAUUCCAUAGAAGAAUAUAUUGGAGAUAAAGGUUUUCUAAAUAUAUUAAGUAAUAUUGAAAUAUCUAUUGAUGAUAGAGAUUUCACUAUUGUAAAUAGUAUAUCUGUUGCGAGAAUAUUAUUGGAAAUUACAGAAAUUCAAACAGAUGUAUUCAACAUCUUUAUAUCUAAACUUAAUGAAUUUAUUCUAUUAGCAGAUAUACCUGAGAAAAUACCUUGGGCUGUACCAAUGUUACAUCAAUUCCGUUUUUUGGAUACCAUAGCCAGUGUUGAUACAUUAACUGCAAAUAUGGAACAGCUAUUAGAAACUUGUCCAAUGUGGUUUCAACAAGAACUUAUCUUAUUUUUACCUGAUAUUUUAUUAGAUAUUCAACAUCAAAGUAUAGCUAAAAUUCUGACAAAAAUAAUGGAGGAAAAUUAUGAAUUAACAAAUAUAAUUUUAAAUUGCAUCACUAGUUUUAAUCUUAGUAAAGAAUAUUUGAUGGAAUAUAAGGUUAAAGUAUUAAAUUUGUUAAAAACGAAUAUAAAAUUAGAACUUAUACCAAUUAUUAUCAGAUUUCUUCUUAAUGACUAUGUAUCUUCCGAUAUUAUUAAACAAAUGUUACUCAUAUUACGUGACAUAGAAAUGCAGCCUCUUGCUGGUAAUGAAAUUCAUGAUUGUUACAAAAAUCAAGUACAGAUAGUUAAAACAUUGAAUAUGUGUAUGUUAUUAAAUAAAGAUGUGACGCAUAUUGCGAUAAUGGUUAUAAAGGACAUCAAUAAAGAUCCAAAACCAUUAGAUUUAAUCAUAUUGCUCUUAAUAUUUGCUGGAACAGUAAAACAGAAAAAUGCAGAAUCUUUAUGGAAACAAAAUAUAAGAUGUGGUUUUUAUAGAAAAAGUCUCCUUCAAAUGCUUUAUAGUAGCUAUAAAGAGGUUGUUCAAGAACUACAGUUAUCAGCAUUACAAUUAGCUGGUAAAUUAUUGAAAUCUGAUGAACAUGUAUUCGUUAACUUUGCGAUAGAAUGGUUCCGAUUACAAUUUCUUAACCAGAAAGAAAUAUUUAAACAGCGUGAAAUUAUAGAAAAGAUUAUACUUUUUAUGGGUAAUAAUGAUCAAACUGUACAACACGCACUAAUUAUACUUUGUAAAAUGGCAGAAAAUACUGCUGAGAGAAAUUGUUUAAUAUUACAAUGCAAUCAUUUAAGAAUUUUAUUAGAAAAAAUAGAUUGCUUCGGGCUUCAAGAAGUUGGCACCUUAAGUGAUUUAUUACAUAGUUUAUGUCUAAUUGAUGAUUCCACUUCAGAAUCAUUACAGGAUGAUUUAUGUAUACUAUUGCAAAAACAACUAUCCGCUGCUAAACCUCUCACAAAAUGUAAAGGUGUUAUGGGAGCAGUAAUGGCAAUAAAACAUCUGGCAAGGAAAGUUGAAACUUGUGAUCAGGCCAUGAAACUAUUUAAUAAAGUAAUGAAGUGCGUAAGAAAUUGUUCUAAAUCGCAACCUUUGUUUUAUGACCAACUAGCGCAAGUAAUUGCACAAACUGAAUUUAUUAAUACAGAAUUUCUUCAGAAAGUUAGCAACUGUAUUGAAGAUGAGUUUGUUAAUACUUAUAUGAUAGACAAGCCGCAAUGCAGUGAGCAUUUAGUUCCGAAAUUUGGACUGAAUAAUGCAGAAGAAGAACCACAAAACUGUAUGUUACAUCUUGGAAAUAAAAGAACUGGUCCAAUUGCACCAAUAUUGUUUCGACUUCUCAAAACAUGUUGCAUGAAGCUUAACGUACAUGGAGAACUGGAAGCUAUAGAUGCCCUUCUAGGAUGUGGAAUUUUUAUGCCAGAAAACAUUGAUAUACCGGAACCUUUAGUAUUAGAUCUUCUUAUAUGUUGUAUCAAUUGGUUUAGAGAGAUAAUUACUGGCUUUGUCACGCAAAAAGAUCCUUUAUUACAAAAACAAGUAUUAGAACGUUUAGACACUUUGAUAUAUUUGCAAGGUGAACUGGAUACAUUGUUAACAUUAUGUGACACUAAAUAUCAACCACCUCCAUGUUACUUUCAUUAUUUUCCAUUACCACUAUUUGUAAAAAUUGAAAGAAAAUGUAGUAAAAAGGAGAAGAAAUCUAAAAAGAAAACUAAUUCCAACACUUCCACAACUGUAGAAAAUGAACUCUGGAAAACAGGUUCUACAUUAUGUAUAAAAAAUCCAGCGUAUUUUAGAAAAUUUGAUGCUAAGAUAGCCAAUCUUUUAGAUAUUAAAAUGGAUGGCGGGGCAUCAUCACAACACACAAUACAAACUAUAUCAAUAAAGCAAGUGUGUUUUGUUGUAAGAGAACUUUUGGCCAUCUUCGAGAAUGGACCUUCUGAGCUUUUUAUGAAAGAGUUAAUACAUUUGUUACCAAAAGUUUGCUCAAAAUUGGAUGAUAUUGUUGUCAGAUUAAGAGAAGAUAACGAUCAUAAUUUUAGAGAAGGAGCAAGAUUAUUAUUAUGUCUUCUGACUACAAUUUUUAAUUGGAAAGGAUUUGUUAGUGUAACAUAUAAUACAUUGCUGCGCGAAGGAUUACGAACUUUAGCUGGACAAAUUAAUAAAGAAAAUACGCACUUACGAUCUUGUAAAGAACUUGUUGCAGAAUCAUAUAAAUAUUUUGAAUCGUUAUCAGAUAUUGCUGUAGAAAUAUCACUAGCUGCUGCUCUUGUUAAUAUGUGUCAGUCAUUAAUGAAACAUUCUGAAACUUAUGUUCAACAAUAUAAAGACAAGCAUGCAAAAUUAGCAUAUGGAUUUCUUUGUCUGGAAUGGGCAGGAAGUAGACAUAUUACUUCUCAAUACAAAUUAUGUAUUAUUCAAUUAUUGGAUAAUUGGAUGAAUAAUGAACCAUCACCUUUUCAUGCAGUAACAUUAAUUAUGGAAUGGUUACCAGAGGAAGUUUCCAAUCUGGAAAAUAUUCAGAAUACUUUAACAACGAUGCCUUCUAUAAAUAAGAAUAGCUUCCAUCUAUUAUAUAAGAGGUUAUUUGAUAGUUUAAUUAAAGGUAUCAAUAUAUCAUUGUUGACAGCUAAUUCAGAUCCAAAGAAGAUAAAGAUAUGGUACAUUGUUGCUUCAAAUGUCCAAAAACUUGUGCAGAUUUGCAAGACAUUGAAAACAAAAGCUAACAUACAAUUGUUUCUCCGAUAUAUGCCUCAGUUAAUAAAACAAUUUUUAAAUCUUGGUAUGCCGAUACUCGAACAUAAUUUGAAAUAUCAAACAGAUGAUAUAACUAGUAUUCUAAAAAUGAUGCAAGGUGGUACGCGUUACUUACAUGCUAUAUGUUGUGAUAGCACAGAAAAGAAAGAUUUAAUACUAACCAAGUAUGUUCCUGCGGCGAAAUCUAUGUUAGAGAAAUUAAUAUAUAGUGUUAAAGGAAUGUUAGUACUCAAUGACAGCGCAGCAGCAUUUUGGAUGGGCAACCUUGUUAACAAGAAUUUAGAUGGACAUGAAAUUCUGUCGCAAACAUCAACGGAAGAAACUACUAUACCAGAUGAAAGUGUAAUUUCGGGAGAAUUAGCAAAUGGAUCAUCUGAAAUUAUAGAUUCUGAUUUAGGAGAAGAUCCAACUGAAAAUGUUGAAAGUGAAAACACAGAUAUUGAUGUCGCGUAGUUAUAUAAAAGAAAAAUCGGAACAAAAUAAACAAUUUAAUAUAAGAUACAUUUUUUAUUAUAUUGGGUGCGAGCUAUUGUUUUUUUUUGUAUAUCUGUAACAUCUAUUUAACAAUAUUCAUUUACAACACAUCUUCGCAUCCUACAAUAAGUUCUAUAAUCACAAAAAUACAAUUUAAGAACAUAGUUUAACACUAUAUAGAGUUAGAUGCGUUUUCUUAUAUCAGCAUUGAUGAAUCCUUAUGUAAUAUAUAUUUUUUAAUGUAAUAGAAUAGAAUUUGUAAAAACCCAAA